CCCACCCGGAGACUACUUACUGCCUUGAUUCGUUCUCAGUUCUAGAGAUUCUAUUCUUUGGUUUCUUUCUUAGAUAGAGAUACAAGGACGUGGUUUGGUUCAGAUAUUAAGAUUAGAAAGGAAUUUGAGGAUGGAAGAGAAAGAGUCUUCCUUUGAUGAUGAGUAUGAGUACUAUACGGAUACUGAGAACGAGGCUGAUGGUGAGGAUGAAGAGGAGGAUGAUAAGGAUACUGUCAAGGAUAUUCCUGUCAGGAAGGACAGUGCCUGGAGAAAGAAGUUUGAACUUGAACUUGAAUCCGACUCCGGGCGAGACUCUGCUAAAGAGAUAGAAAGAGAACCAAUUAUUAAACCUAAAGAUAAUAAUCGAACUCAGCUCCACCACGCAGUUCUCUGCGAUGAUGUGUUUAAACUCAAUAAACUGCUGGACGAAGGAUUAGAUCCGAACCAACAGGACAGUGAUGGGCUUACUCCGCUACAUCUAGCAUGUCAGGAUGAGCGGCAAACCCUUGUGAUGAUUCUACUAGCUAGAGGAGCGGACGGAUCGAUUAUUGAUACUUGUCGGAGAUCUCCUCUUCAUUACGCUGUACAGAACGGUUUCACCAGGAUUGUUCAGAGUUUGCUUGAUUAUGAAACCUAUAUGGAGGGAAAGGAUAGGUUUGGUCAAACAGUUCUUCAUAUUGCAGCUCUAAGGGAACUCUCCCAAACUAUGAACCUGCUGAUUUGCCGAGCAAAGAAGCAGGGAACGGACGAGGAUGUUUUAAGAUUUAUAGAUACUCAAAACAGAGAUAAGCAGACCGCACUACAUCUUGCUGCAGAGCGAAGUUUUUGUGAUUGUGUCAAGAUUCUUCUCCGAUAUAAGUGUCAAGUAAACCUAACUGAUCAGGAGGGGAAAACAGGAUUACAUCUCUGCUGUGGAUCCUCUCAAGAUGUUGCAACUGAGAUCCAAACUACUAUUGUUGUAUCAAACCUGAUAUCACACGGAGGAAAGGUUUCAAUUAAAGACGAGGACGGAUUAACUCCACUAUUACACACGGCUAUAUCAGGACGGAUUGAUUCCGCCAAAAUCCUACUUGAGGAAGGAGCAGAUAUCAACAGUAAGGAUUCUAAAGGUUUAACUGCUCUCCACCAUGCUGCUAGAAACCAUCAAUCCAACUAUAUAAAAAUGCUUGUGAAGGCAGGCCUAUCUGUAGAUGUUAAGGAUAAAAAGCAACUGACAGCUCUUCAUCACGCAAUACUAUGUAACUCUCUAGAUGCUGUGAAAACUCUAUGUCUAUGUGGAGCGGAUAUAUAUAUGGAGGAUACAGAGGGUCGGAAGUAUACUGAAUACGCUAACAUGUAUGACUCUCAGGCUAUAUUACUCUGGCUGGCUAAGAAGUAUCCAACCCUGUAUAUAAAUGAAGAGUCUAAGGAGACGAUUAUUCACUACCUGGCUUCUCAAGGUUUACCUGACGUAAUAAGAAUCCUACUCCAGACAGGACACUACAAGGUUGAUGUUAGAGAUGAGGAUGAUAAGACACCUUUACACUAUGCUGCAAUAAACUGUAGAGAGGAUGUAUUCGAGUUCCUCGUCAACUUCGGAGCUGAUAUUGAUGCCAGGGACGGGGUAGGAGCAACCCCUCUACACUUUGCUGUUAGAUGGGGAAGUGAGGCUAUUGUAAAGUAUAUCCUGAGAAAGAAAGGUUCGGAUGCAGUGAAUAUCCUUGACUCUGGAGAUAGGUUGGGACGAACUCCUCUCCACUAUGCAGCAAGUCAGAAGACCGGUCUCUCCUAUAUCACAAAUCUACUAAAAGCCGGAGCUAAUAAGGAUUACAGGGAUCACAGUGGGAUGACCCCCCUCCACCUUGCCUGCAGGUUUGGAAAUAUUAGUCUGGUUCGAUUGCUUCUGGACGAAGGUGCGGAUAAGGGUGUAAAGGACGGACAGGGGAUGAGUCCUGCAGAUCAUGCCAAGGAAAAGGACUGUUUAACUAUCCUAGGAAUGAUUGAAAAAUCAGGGAAAAGAAAAGAAUGCUCCAACAGGAUAAAUUGUUAAAAAUAUUGAAGUAUUUAUGUUAAAUAGUGUAAAUAAAAU